GAUUUGAACCUGAUGAUGCAACAUACAGUAAACAACCAAAUGACACCUCUCUCUUUACUUCAGUGAGAGUCCAUUUUGAUGGCUGGGAUAGUAUUUACGAUUAUUGGACUGAUGUAGAUAGCCCUGAUAUCCAUCCUGCAGGCUGGUGUACAAAAACCGGACAUCCUCUUCAGCCCCCACUUAGUCCCUUGGAAUUGGUGGAAGCUUUAGAACAUGGAGGGUGUCCCACAGCAGGAUGUAAAGGAGUUGGGCACAUUAAAAGAGCAAGACAUAUUGGCCAUCAUAGUGCAGUCAGCUGCCCGUAUUCAGAGAUGAACCUGCACAAAGAAAGCCUCUUACCUGACCGGUUGAGUGGGGAGAUGCCUGCAGCCAGUCCUGUCCCCAGAAGCAGAAAAGUGGAAGCAAGCGAAAGAUCCACCUCUCCUGUAAUCAAUGACAGAAAAUGCCCCAGCCCUGGUCAUGUAGGUAUGAAAUCUUCAGCUCACAAUCGAUCAUCUGGGAAAUGUAUACCAGAAACAACUAAGCCGGAAGAUGCAGAAAGUAAAUCUCCUUGCAAGAAGCCCCUGUUAUGUGAUGUGAAAGAAAAGAAGGCACCUAGUGGAGUACUACAAACAAAGGACUCUAUAAAGAACAAAGAGUGUGAAGAAGAGGAGACAGAAAAUAAGCUGCUUAUUUCAAAUGAAAUCCAAGACGUUGAAGAACCCAAUGCACAGAGGCUUCUUUCUCAACCAGUUAUUGUGUCUUCCAAGUUGCAAAUCCCUGGCCUACCCUUGCGCUGGGAACAGCAGAGCAAGCUCCUUCCAAGUGUAGCUGGGAUUCCAGCCAGUAAAGUUUCCAAGUGGAGUACAGAUGAGGUCUCUGAAUUUAUACGGAGUUUACCAGGAUGUGAAGAACAUGGCAAAGUGUUUAAAGAUGAGCAAAUUGAUGGAGAAGCAUUUCUGCUAAUGACCCAAUCAGACAUAGUGAAAAUAAUGAGCAUUAAACUGGGACCAGCCCUAAAAAUCUUUAAUUCCAUUCUGAUGUUCAAAGCUGCAGAGAAGAACUCACACAAUGAACUUUGAAGAUAAUGAAAAAUGUGUACAAGCCAGCUUUCUCCACUGGAGCUCAUGUUUUAUUCAAAGCACAAAGACUCGCUAGAACUGUUGAGUAAGGACUCUCAGAAAGGAAGAAACAUACGUUCAGCACUGGUGGACUAUUUAUAUUCUCCUAGAGCCAGUACACCUCUGAAUCCUUCUGGGAGUUGUUCAAGCUUUGGGAAGGUACUGCGUAACAAGGGAGUCAGCUAGUCUUAUUUACCAAACUAAUGGCGCUAAUUCUCUACGGAUGGUUAGGAUCCCUAACUUUCUCUGGACAUCAAGAAAACCUUCAUUAAUUAUUUAUGCUGUAUUAUAUAAGGGAACAUUAAUAUUUUCUAAGAAUUCUUGAAUUCCACUUCAUGUACCCAUUUUACUUUUCAGAAGCUUUUACUGCAUACUAUCAAAAUAAAAACUGAUUAGCCAAAAAUUAGGCUACAGGUAGCCAGAUGAGACUGUUAUGGCUAAUACAUAUUUGUGCCAUAGUUUAAAAAUGAAACAAUGUUACAUAUGUGGCACUUUAUGCUACAGCAUAUAACUUUACAGAUUAUAAAACUGUCUGUUUGCUUGUAACAAAA